AGGAUGACUGUGCCUGCAGUGUGUAACACACCAUGCGAUUCUUCUGCAGCAUGAGUAUUUGAUACUAUUUAUAGUUUAAUUUAUUAAGGAUGGAUAACCUGUCUGGGCUGUUUGGUGAUGGGGACCUGAGUGAUCUGGACCUGGGAGGAGAUUCCUUUGGUGGUCCCUCGGGUCCCACGCCUGUCUCUGUGCAGGAGAUGGACCUCAGCUACAACCAGCCAUCAUACACCAGUAUAGGGUCUGCGGCUGGGGGUCCUCCACCUCAGGGCCCGGGACAGAAGAUGGGUAUGGGUGGUGGGCCCCCUCCGUCGGCGCAAGGCAUGUACCCCGGCCCUGGACCAGGGCCUGGACCAGGACCUGGUUACCAGUAUCCUGGAGGUCCAGGCCAACAACAGCCUCCUAUGAAUCAAUACCAGGGUGGUCAGUAUCGACCGUCAUACCCACCGUCUGGCCAAGAGAUGUAUGCCCAAACCUGGAACAACCAGCCGGACCCAUACAGUCACAUGCCCGGAGGUUAUCAGCAACAGCCAAAUUAUCCCCAACAAAGUAUGCCGCCAUAUCAGAACCAAGGCAUUACAAACUCCAGCAUGGGAGGCACUAUGCAACAGAACAUUCCACAGAAUUACCAGGGCAUGCCACCCCAGAGUAUAGGUCAGGGUUACCCACCUGGUUCUCAGGGCAUAACUUACCAAGGUGCACCAAGGCCACCUUAUCCUGGGUUUGAUCCCCAGAGACCAAUGGCUUCCAACUCCCCAAAUAUGAGCCCCUACCCAGGGGCUCCCCCAGCACCCGGCCAGCCUCAGCAGUACGCCAUGAGUCAGGGUAUGAGACAGCCAUAUCAGAUGGGACAGUAUCCUCAGGGCCAAGUUCCUAUUGGGGGGCAGCAGCAGCCGCACCCAGGCCAGCCCAUGAUGGGAGGGCCACGACCUCAGGGUGAUAUGAACCAGUACCCUGGCUCUCAGGUACCUAAUGGCACACCAGGCUUUAGAGCAUCAUUCCCCCAGGCUUCUCCACAGCUGUCACCCCAUCCGCAAGCAUCACCACGGCCGCAGAUGUCCCCGAUGCCACGUAGCAUGUCACCCCACCCCCGCCCCAAUUCUAAUCUAGGAAUGACUACUCCUGUAUCAUCCCCUGCGUCCAUGCCUCCGUCAUCAAGCGCCUCGCCAGCUCCUCUUGGCGGUGCACCAGGAUCCAGCCUACAGCAACUUGAAAGUAUGGUGAAGCCUGGUAGCGUUGCUGGAAGAAACACACCUACAAGCCAGCGAUGCACUACCCCCAAUCAGCCUAUGCCAUCACCUGGUCUGUAUGCUGGCUCCUCCGGAGUACCUAGUCCGUUGGGCACCCGACCACCCAUGUCUCCAGGCAUGGUUAGUAGACCUUCUAUGGGUACUCCGAUGAGUCCAGGUCUAGGGCCUGGGUCGGUCCGACCUCCCAUGUCUCCACAGCAGUGGCAGCAGGCUCGGCCAAUGGCCCAACAAAGUUACAUGCAACAGAGCAGCUAUAUGCAAGGAGGCAGUAUGGCAGGGCCAAGGCCUCCUAUUAGCCAACAACAGUCGCCUAUACCAACGCCUCAAGGACAGGACUCUGCAAUGCCUGACAGUAUUUCUAAUGUUAGUGAUGGUAGUUUGACUCCGAACAGUAGUACAUCAAGUGUGUGUGUGUCUCAGAGUAAUGGACCAGUGUCAACUCCAAGUGUCAAUACCAGUAUAGUGAAUAGUGCAGUAAGUAGUUUAGCAAACAGUGAAUCUUUGAGUGAGAGUGUUCAGGUGCAAGCCUCUUCUAGCCCAACUACGACUUUAACUACAUCAACAGUAAAUGGACCUACACAGACAACUUCAGCCAUUCAACAACACCAAGCUUCAGCACCCACCAACGUGCCUACCACUUCCACCAACCCUGGAAGUUUGCCAACAAGUGCUGUGAAUCAGAAUGGUAUGAUGCCUAGUUUAGUAGCCUCAAAUGGCAUGCCACCAAGCACGGUCACACCAAACGGGAUGCCUCCAAGUAGUAUGCCAAAUGCGUCAGGACCUGGAAUAAUGACAUCAACAGGCAUGCCUCCUCAUGGUCCCCAAGGCCCAGGUAUGAUGAGGUUUCCCGGUCCUCAGGGCCCUCACGGACCAUACCAGCAAGUAAUGGGACAGCCAGGAUACAGAGUUGUUGGCCCAGUGUCCUAUGGACCACAAGGACAGAUGUCCCCGGGGCAGAGACUUCCGGGCCAGAUGCCACCAGGACCUGGUCAGAUGCCUCAAGGACCGGGGCAGAGGCCACAAGGACCAGGACAAAUGCCACCUGGAGGUCCUGGACAGAUGCAUCCAGGUCCUGGACAAAUGCCGCCAGGAGGGCCAGGCCAUAUGCCUCCAGGACAUAUGCCUCAAGGAGCGCCAGGACAAAUGCCCUCAGGCGGUCCUGGACAGGGUGCCAGCCAGAUGUCAACACCUGGCCAAGUAGCUGGAAAAGGACCUGGCCAGAUGGCUCCUGGAGGCCCAGUUCAGAUGCAAACAGGAAGUCCAGGACAGAUGCCACCAGGUGGACCAGGACAGAUGCCACCAGGUGGACCAGGACAGAUGCCACCAGGUGGACCAGGGCAGAUGCCACCAGGUGGACCAGGACAGAUGCCACCAGGAGGACCAGGGCAAAUGCCACCAGGCGGGCCAGGGCAGAUGCCACCAAGUGGACCUGGACAGAUGCAACCUGGUGGACCUGGGCAGAUGCAACCUGGUGGACCCGGGCAGAUGCCUCCUGGAGGCCCAGGACAGAUGCAAACUGUUGGUCCAGGACAGAUGCCUCCCGGUGGCCCAGGACAGAUGCCUCCCGGUGGCCCAGGACAGAUGCAACCUGGUGGCCCAGGACAGAUGCCUCCAGGAGGUCCAGGACAGAUGCCUCCAGGAGGUCCAGGGCAGAUGCCUCCAGGAGGUCCAGGACAGAUGCCUCCAGGAGGUCCAGGACAGAUGCCUCCAGGAGGUCCAGGACAGAUGCCUCCAGGAGGUCCAGGACAGAUGCCUCCAGGAGGUCCAGGGCAGAUGCCUCCUGGGGGUCCAGGGCAGAUGCCUCCUGGGGGUCCAGGACAGAUGCCUCCUGGUGUUCCAGGCCAGAUGCCACAUGGCGGGCCCAGUCAAAUGAUGCCAGGACAGUUACCAACUAGUGUGGCGGCACAGAUGCCCCCAGUUUCGCAAAACCAAGUCCCACCAGGACAGAUUCCAACCACACAGAUGGGACCUAUGGGUCAAAUGGGACCAGGGAUGCAUCCUCAGGCAUCUGUAGGUCCUGGCAUGGGCCCUGGUCCCCAAAUGGGACCUGGUAUGGCGCAGGGGCCAAUGGGCAUGCCUCCGCAAGGUCCUCAUGCAAUGCAACCCCAGAUGAAUUUUGCUUUUGAGAUUCAGCAGUGCCAGCAGCAGCUGCAGCAACUAUACAAAAUGCCACAGAAUGUGCAAACACAACAGAAGGAGCCCAAACCCAAGAAGGAAACCAAGAGCAAGAAGGAAUCCACCAAGCCCAAAGAACCCAAGGAGCCCAAGCCAAAGCGGGUUAGACCAUCUCGUCAGCCCCAGGAAAACAAGACAUCAAAAGAUUCAAAGAAAAGCCCUACAGCGAGAAAGUCACGUGCUAAAAAAGCCAUUACUCCAACUGGGCCAGAUGGAGCACCCCUACCUGUCGACACAGGCACAGGUGCCCCACCGGCUGCCCUAAUGGAUCCAGCAGUUGCGCCUCCAGGCACUCCUCUCGACCCUACAAAAGUGAACCCAGUGACUGGUUUACCUUUGAAUGCAGCUACAGCAGCUGCUGCUACCCCCAAGCCCAAGUCUGAGAAGAAGCCCAAGGUGAAGAGUGCGACACCAUCCAAGAAAAAGCCCGCAGCCAAACUCACACUUAACUUCAAAAAGAAGAGGAAAAGACGAGGGUCAGAAAGCGAUUACUCUGACAUGGAGGAAGGAAAACUCAAUUCAUCUUCUAGGGAGGAGGAUGAUGCCAACAAGAGACGUUCAGGACGUAAUACAGCAAGGAAGAAGUAUGUUGACGAGUUGGACUUGAACUUGUCUGAUGAUGAUUCCUUGCUUAUCAAGAAUGCCAAUGGUCCUGGUGGCGGUGACCCUCAGAGCGCAGCAGAUUUGGCUGCUGCUUACACUGGACAGAAUCCAGUUGAAGAUGCUGAUGGAAACCUUAUUAAACCUAAUUUUGUAUAUGUGGAUCCAAACCUAGAAGAUACCAUGGUUGUACAGUUUAUUCUUGGUAUGCGGAUGGGCACAAGAGAAAUUGAAAGUGACACUGAGGAUGAAAAAGAAAAGGAAGAGGAAGAACAACACGAGGGUGAUGAGAAAGAGAAGAAGGAGGGUGAUGAGAAAGAGAAGGAGGGUGAUGAGAAAGAGAAGGAGGAGGGUGAUGAGAAAGAGAAGAAGGAGGGGGAUGUGGAAGAGAAGAAGAAAAAGAAGGAGAAAAAGUCCAAAGGUCCACCAAAGAAGAUUGAGGUUGAAGAAUUCUUUGUGAAAUACCGGUCCUUCUCUUACUUGCACUGUGAGUGGCGCACAGAAGAAGAACUCUUCAAAGGGGACAAACGCAUUAAUGGUAAAAUUAAACGCUACAAGCAGAAGAGAGCCAUGAGCCAGAAUGUUAUGGACUUUUUGGAAGAAGAGGCUUUUAACCCUGAUUAUACAGAAGUGGACAGAAUACUAGAUUUAACAUCCACAAAUGACCCAACCACUGGAAAGGAAAUCAAGCAUUACUUAAUCAAGUGGAAGGCUCUUCCUUAUGAAGAUUCCACUUGGGAAUUAGAAGAUGAAGUAGACCCUCUGAAAAUUAAAGCUUUCAUGUCAUAUAAAGACCCUCCUCCAAAGGGUGAUUGGAAAAUUAAGAAGCGACCAAAGCCAAGUGAAUGGAAGAAAUUGGAAGAAUCGCCUUUAUACAAAAAUAAUAAUUCACUUCGGGAGUAUCAGCUUGAAGGCCUUAACUGGCUGAACUUCUCUUACUACAACUCACAUAACUGCAUCCUGGCUGAUGAGAUGGGUCUGGGAAAGACUAUCCAGUCACUGUCGUUUAUUGACGCAUGCUACAAGUAUGGGAUACGUGGACCGUACCUGAUUAUUGCACCUCUUUCCACAAUCCCUAAUUGGCAGCGAGAGUUUGAAAGUUGGACCGAUCUCAAUAUCAUUGUUUACCAUGGAUCGCAAGCAAGUCGUAACAUGAUUCUCGAGUAUGAGAUGUACUACAAGGAUGAGAAGGGUCAGCGAAUACAAAAUCUUUACAAGUUCAAUGUCCUUAUUACUACUUUUGAAGUUAUUAUAUCAGAUUGCCUUGAGCUGAAAGAGAUCCACUGGCGUUGUUGUAUCAUUGAUGAGGCACACAGACUGAAGAACAGGAAUUGUAAGCUGUUAGAAGGUCUACGACUUAUGCACAUGGAGCAUAGAGUGCUGCUCUCAGGAACACCAUUGCAGAACAAUGUAACAGAAUUGUUCUCUCUCCUCAACUUCUUGGAACCAACUCAGUUUGCCUCGCAAGAAACGUUCCUACAAGAUUUUGGGAAGCUGGAAUCUGAAGACCAAGUGAAGAAGCUGCAAGCACUCCUCAAACCUAUGAUGUUGAGAAGAAUGAAAGAAGACGUAGAGAAAAGUCUUGCACCAAAGGAAGAAACAAUUAUUGAAGUUGAAUUGACAAAUAUACAGAAGAAAUAUUAUAGAGCUAUUCUUGAGAGGAAUUUUGAUUUCCUUGUGAAAGGUGCAACUUAUGCUAAUGUACCAAGUCUGAUGAACACCAUGAUGGAGCUACGUAAAUGUUGCCUCCACCCAUAUCUCCUGAAUGGUGCAGAGGAAGCCAUUCAGCAGGAUUAUCGUGACUCCCAUCCUAAACAUCAGCAGGAACAGGACACAUACCACAAUGCACUUAUUCAGUCCUCUGGCAAAAUGGUUUUAACUGAUAAGUUACUGCCCAAACUAAGAGAAAAUGGCCAUCGGGUUCUUAUUUUCUCUCAGAUGGUCAAGCUGCUGGAUAUUCUUGAAGACUACCUCAUAUUUAGAAAGUAUCCAUAUGAAAGAUUAGAUGGGCGGAUCCGUGGUAACUUGCGUCAAGCUGCCAUUGACCGUUUUUGCAAGCCAGACUCUGAUAGAUUUGUGUUCCUGCUGUGUACCAAAGCUGGAGGUCUAGGUAUCAACCUGACCGCUGCCGAUACUGUGAUAAUUUAUGACAGUGAUUGGAACCCUCAGAAUGACCUGCAAGCACAGGCACGUUGCCACAGGAUUGGGCAGUCAAAGAGUGUCAAGAUUUAUCGUCUGUUAUGUCGAAACACAUAUGAACGAGAGAUGUUUGAUAAAGCAUCUCGAAAACUAGGUCUUGACAAAGCUGUUUUGCAGUCAAUGAAUAGUGAGCAAGGCAAGGCAGCAGCAGGAGGCAACUCUAUGGGUCUCUCUAAGAAAGAUAUUGAAGAACUCUUGAAGAAAGGUGCCUAUGGAGCUUUGAUGGAAGAAGACGAUGGGGCUGAUGAUUUUUGUGAAGAGGACAUUGAUCACAUUCUCUCCAGAAGAACAACAGUCAUUCAGCACGAAAGCGAGAAAGGAUCCUCAUUUUCUAAGGCCUCAUUUUCUGCAUCAUCUAAUCGCUCAGAUAUUGAAUUGGAUGAUCCUGAUUUCUGGAAGAAGUGGGCAAAGAAAGCAGAGAUUGAUACAGAUCUAGGAGACAAAUUAAGAAAGAAAAACUUAAUAGUUGAAGAACCAAGGCGUAGGUCCCAAAUCCGACGAUAUGGUCAUGAUGAAUCUGUACUGGACUGUAGUGAUCUCGAGUCCUCUGCAAGUGACUCAGCUGCAGAGAAGGAUAAUGAACCAGAGAUAAUUCCAGAGUUACUCAAAGGACGUGGCCGUGGCCGUGGAAGAGGUCGUGGCAAUAGAGGUAGAGGAGGAAGAGGCAACCGAUCAACAAGAGCCUCAAGAUGGGUGUUUGAUGAAGAGGCAGCUGAAUCAGAUGUUGUGGUGUAUGGCCAGUGGUUACGAUCUGAGUGCUUCAAGGUGGAAAAGGGGUUGUUGAUGUAUGGAUGGGGAAGAUGGAAAGAGAUUCUUAUUCACGGAGAUUUCCGUCCAGCGUGGAAGGAAACUGAUGUGAUGGAUUGUGCACGCAUGAUCCUUCUCUUCUGUAUCCGUUAUUACCGGGGCGAUGAUAAAAUCAAAGGCUUUAUUUUUGAUUUGAUCGCCCCAACUUCUGAUGGUAAAACUCGUGUCCACCAUAAUCACAUUGGCCUCUCAGCCCCUGUCCCACGUGGCCGCAAAGGUAAAAAAAAGAUCAGGGAAGCAAAGAUGGUGGCAACACACAUGGAAGGAGCAGAUUGGGCCAAGGAAGAGAAGUUUGAUACAGAAGUGUACUUAGAUCAAGGUUACUCUAGACACCUUACUCGUCACUCCAACAAGGUGUUGUUGAGGGUACGCCUCCUCUUCUACAUAAAGCAAGAAAUUAUUGGUGAUUUUGCAAAGCAGGUUUUUACAGAGUCCGCAAGUCCUAAAAUGGACAAUAAUGUGUAA